GUCAGCUCCGCGGGGGUUUGGGGACGCCGUGGUGGAGGGAGCGCGGUGUCGGGCUUGUCCGUGGUCGCUGUUUCCCCCCCCACCUCCUGGUCUGCCGGACCCGCUAUGGAGAAAUUAGGCCCUGAGCAGGAGCUUCAGCGGCCUCGUUAGGGGUGCGGCCUGAAGCUCGGAGAAGUGGGCCAGCCCUUUUGGAGUUGGGGGAAGAAGACCAGCCAGUGGAAGCAGAAUUCUUAUUACAGGAAUCUCUAAAGAGGGAAGAGAUAGCCCUGGCCUCAGUCUGAUUCGUCUGGUUGCAUUUGGUGGAGGUCUCUGUGGAGAUGUAAAACGAAGAUCAGGAACAGAUUUGAAGAAAUGCAGAGUGAAGUGGUGUCAAUCAGCAUGUCAGAGACAGAGCACAUAGCCUCCAUUUCCUCUGAUAAAAAUAUUGGGAAAACAUUUGAAUUAAAGGAAGACUUCUGCAACUCAUUUUCUGUUGAUGAAAGCAGCAGCUUAGAAAAUGAGUCUAAACUGUCGUCAUUAAACUUUGAUAAGAGGUCAUGUCAGCCUAAUGAACAUAAUCAAAUUGAAGCACAGGAAAAUUGUAUUCAGGAUCAUGGUGGAGGUGAGGAUUCUUGUGCUGAAACAGACAUAUGCCCAGAAAAUUCUGAACAAGUAGGUGAUUUUCCUGGUGGAGAUUUUACAAAGCAAAUUUCAAAAACAAAUGAAACGGAACAGACAGUAACACAAAUAUUGGCGGAAUUAAGGUCAUCUACAUUUACAGAAGCAGCAAAUCAAAAGACUUAUUCAGAAAGUCCCUACGAUACAGACUGCACCAAAAAACUUAUUUCAAAAAUAAAGAACGUUUCAGCGUCAGAGAAUUUGUUGGAAGAAAUAGAAUCUGAGCUCUUAUCUACAGAGUUUGUGGAAGAACACCGAGUACCAAAUGGAAUGAAUAAGGGAGAACAUGCAUUAGUUAUGUUUGAAAAGUGUGUGCAAGAGAAGUAUUUACAGCAAGAGCACACCAUAAAGAAGUUAAUUAAAGAAAAUAAGAAGCAUCAGGAGCUCAUCUUAGACAUUUGUUCAGAAAAAGACAAUUUAAGAGAAGAACUAAAAAAGAGAACAGAAACAGAGAAGCAGCAUAUGAGUACAAUUAAACAGUUAGAAUCAAGAAUAGAAGAACUCAGUAAAGAAGUUAAGACUUCCAAAGAUAAACUAGUAGCUCAAGACAUUGCAGCUAAAAAUGCAGUUCAGCAGUUGCAUAAAGAGAUGGCCCAUCGGAUGGAACAGGCCAACAAAAAAUGUGAAGAGGCACGCCAGGAAAAAGAAGCAAUGGUAAUGAAGUAUGUAAGAGGUGAGAAGGAAUCUUUAGAUCUUCGAAAGGAAAAAGAGAUACUUGAAAGAAAACUCAGAGAUGCGAAUAAAGAAUCUGAGAAAAACACUAACAAAAUUAAGCAGCUUUCUCAGGAGAAAGGACGGUUGCACCAGCUGUAUGAGACAAAGGAAAGUGAAACUACUAGACUCACCAGAGAAAUUGACAAAUUAAAGGAAGAUAUCAACUCUCAUGUCAUUAAAGUAAAAUGGGCACAAAACAAAUUAAAAGCAGAAAUGGAUUCACACAAGGAAACCAAAGAUAAACUCAAAGAAACAACAACAAAGUUAACUCAAGCAAAGGAAGAAGCUGAUCAGAUACGGAAAAAUUGUCAGGAUAUGAUAAAAACAUAUCAGGAGUCAGAAGAAAUUAAAUCCAAUGAGCUUGAUGCCAAGCUUAGAGUCACAAAAGGAGAACUCGAAAAACAAAUGCAAGAAAAAUCUGACCAGCUAGAGAUGCAUCAUGCCAAAAUAAAAGAACUGGAAGAGCUGAAGAGGACAUUUAAGGAGGGUAUGGAUGAACUACGAACACUGAGAACAAAGGUGAAAUGUCUAGAAGAUGAACGAUUAAGAACAGAAGAUGAGUUAUCCAAAUAUAAAGAAAUUAUUAAUCGCCAAAAAGCUGAAAUUCAGAAUUUAUUGGACAAAGUGAAAAUUGUGGAUCAGAUACAGGAGCAGCAUCAAAGAGGUAAACAAGAAGUUGAAAAUUUGAAGGAAGAAGUGGAAAGUCUUAAUUCUUUGAUUCAUGACCUACAAAAAGACAUCGAAGGCAGUAGGAAAAGAGAAUCUGAGUUACUACUAUUUACAGAAAAGCUCACUAGUAAGAAUGCGCAACUCCAAUCUGAAUCCAAUUCUUUGCAGUCACAAUUUGAUAAACUUUCCUGUAGUGAAAGUCAGUUACAAAGCCAGUGUGAACAAAUGAAACAGACAAAUACUAAUUUGGAAAGUAGAUUGUCAAAAGAGGAAGAACUGCGAAAAGAGGAGGUCCAGACUCUGCAAGCGGAACUCACCUGUAGACAAACAGAAGUUAAAGCAUUGAGUACCCAGGUCGAAGAACUAAAAGAUGAAUUAGUAACCCAAAGACGUAAACAUGCCUUCAGUGUCAAAGAUCUUACCAAACAACUCCAGCAAGCACGAAGAAAAUUAGAUCAGGUGGAGAAUGGAAGCUAUGAUAAAGAAGUCAGCAGCAUGGGGAGUCGUUCUAGUUCAUCAGGGUCCCUCAAUGCUCGAAGCAGUGCAGAAGAUCGAUCUCCAGAAAAUACCGGGUCGUCAGGAGCUGUGGAUAACUUUCCAGAAGUGGACAAGGCCAUGUUGAUUGAGAGGAUCGUAAGGCUGCAAAAAGCACAUGCCCGGAAAAAUGAAAAGAUAGAAUUUAUGGAAGAUCAUAUCAAACAGUUAGUGGAAGAAAUUAGGAAAAAAACAAAAAUAAUUCAGAGUUACAUUUUACGGGAAGAAUCAGGCACACUUUCUUCAGAGGCAUCUGAUUUUAACAAAGUCCAUUUAAGUAGACGGGGCGGCAUUAUGGCAUCUUUAUAUACAUCCCAUCCAGCUGAUAGUGGAUUAACAUUGGACCUCUCUUUGGAGAUCAACAGAAAAUUACAGGCUGUUUUGGAGGAUACAUUACUAAAAAAUAUUACUUUGAAGGAAAAUCUACAAACACUUGGAACAGAAAUAGAACGUCUUAUUAAACACCAGCAUGAACUAGAACAGAGGACGAAGAAAACCUAACACGUAGCUCUUGGUCACUAAACACAAAAGCCACAUAAGGAGCAGGUGCCACUGCCCAGUAUUGUUGGAAAAUUUUCCCUGCUUUGUGUGUCAGCCAGUAAAAAAUUGUUUUGCUUCAUCUGUAUAAAAAAGUAUCCUUUUACAAUACGAAUGCAUUGCUGUGUAUACUGUAAGAGAAUGAGCUUUGAUGAAAUUUGUAUAGUGACAGCCUGUCACUGAAUCAGAACAACUGAAAUUGCUAAUAGUCCUAUGAAGUGCUGAACAUUUUUGCAAGGGCUUUUGAAAACCCCUUCUCCAUAUUUCUUCCUUUGAAACUAUAUUAUGUCAAAAAUGAUUCAGCUUUUUAAAAUUAUGCAUGAAAGGACACGUGUUAAUCAUUCAGUAAUAUGCUAUUUCUCCAACAUGAAGAAAACUAAAGUGAUUAAAAUUUUGUUUGACAUUCCAGUAUAACAUUUGACUGUAUUUUAGGGAUGCCAGUGAGUCCUUAAAUCUUUUAAUUUUAAUGGAAGCUAAUAGGAAAGCCAGCGCUUGGUAGCUAGCAGUUAUCAGACAUUGCAUGCCUCUGUCAGGUUUCCUUAUCUGUGCUAGGUACGUUUUUUUCAGAUUCAAAUUGUUUGAGUUAAGGUUGAGUUUUUUUAUUUUUCAGUUACACAAAAUAUGAUUUUAAAUAACAUGCUCACUUAGAUUUGUGGACUUCAGUUGUAUUUUAAAAUGUGAAAUAGAUUAGUCAUUAGAGCAGAGAGAUGAAUAAUGAAUUCUUUGAAACUGGAAUACUUUAGUUUUACUAACAUGAAAUGUAAAGAUAAAUGUUUAAGAUAUUUAUGAAGAACCAUUUCCCAAGAGAAUCCAGCAUAUGGCUCUGUUAACCAUUUCAUUUGGUACCAUUCCUUACCAUUAUAUAAUUAUAUAUUCCAGUGGAGUGAUCUUAUAGUCCCCAAUGUGAUGUGUUUCAAUAUAUUUAUUUAAAAUACAAAAUAAUUACAUCUCUGUAACCAAAGGAAUUUUAGAGCCAAAUUUGUGUAUCCUAAUGGAUUUUUACAAUAUUUAUUUAAGAUGUGCACUUAAAUGUUGCCAGUCAUAGUAUCAGUAUUUCUACAUCAUUGAAUUUUGUUCCUUCCUCUUGUAAUUUGUAACUUAUUAUCAUUUCUGAGUGUGGCUUUUCACAUUUCAUUAUAUUCGGAUCAUCUCUGUAAUAGGUUACCUUGGCUAAUAUGCAGAUGUUGCCACAGGUGUCACUUUUGUUUUAGAUUUUUGCAUCCUUUUUUCUCUCCUUAAGAGAAGUAAGCUUUGGGAUGAUGAAUUAACCUUUAAGGAGUUGUAUGGCUCUAAAAGUUGGGCUCAUGGUGGCAAUAUCCCUUUAAUGUGUUUUAACGUUUUUUUUAAUCAACAUUGUUUAAAAAGAUCAUUUACUACAUUUUUACUAAGGAUUUAAUGCAGCAUCUUAUUUUUUCUGUAAAUCAAGUUAUAUCUUGCCAUCCAAAAACAAAAUCUUUUCAAAAUGGAAAUAUAAGUCCAAAAAACACCUUUUUUUUAAAAUAGCUAUAACAAGUGUUAGUCGUACCAUAAUGUGUCUUGUUCUUUUUACCAAUAAUAAUUUAUCAAAAUAAAGUAAGAGGGAGUAAGUGCAAACAAAUCUGAAUUAUUUUCCCAUUUUUCUAGACAUACUAUUGAUAUUCCUAAAGACUCCUUAGAGUAGCCAACAUAACUAAAUUUCAUGACUUCUUCUGUAAUGGAGAUUCAUACACUACAAUAUUUGUUUUUUUCUUCCAAGACACAAAAUGUGUGAAUGGAGACCAAGUAGUGAUCAGAUCUAUAGUGUCCUAUGUCUAUACACUUUCUAAAAAUAUAUACAUUUUAUUGCAUACAAAAGUGAAACAUUCCAAUAUUAACAUGUGUGCCACACCAUUCAUUUGGAGAACUCAAAUGGUGACACUACUUUAGAGGAAGGCUGUUUAUUAUAAACAACAUUCUGACUUAUUUUUCAAGCUAUGGAAAAUUUUUGAAGAAAAUGCUUUUAUUUUCCUUUUGUUCUUCAGUUUCUACUGUAUCUUUUUGUGUAUGGAUUAGACCUGAGCAAAGUAAUGUACAAAGAUGUGCAUAUGUCAGAUCUUUAUACCAAUCACAAAAAGCUGCUAAUGUAAGGAUUUAGAGGGUCUUCUACUCUUAAUAUAUUGAAUGUAUGGAGAGAAGAAUGGGUGUCUAGAAAAGGAAAAUGGUCUGGAUAAACCUGAGAUCUGGGGCAAAAUUUAUAUGUUCAUUAUUAGUUAUACACAUCAAAGGCUGUUUUGGCUACUUAGCACUGUUUUGGUUUCUUUGAGCAGGAAAUUAUUUUUUUGUGUGUGUACAUCUGCAUAUGCUUUUCUAGGUUUUAAUUUUGAAGUGAAUUCUUACUGUGACUCCCUUUUUUCCCAAACCACUUCAAACUUUAGCCUGCUCAGUGUUAAGGAUUGAAAAUAGUGGGUUUGAGCAAAGAAAUGGGUUUGAACUUUGGUGUUGUGUGUGGUUUUUUUUUUUUUUUUAACUUUCUAUCUUCAUCACCAUUUAAAGUGAUUUAUCUUGAAUUAAAUUUUAUCAGGCUACCAGCAUGUUAGUAUUCACACAUGUAUUGAAAACCUGCUAUUGCCAGGCAGCAUCUGGGGUAUUGUGGUUUUAUUGGUGAACAAAUCAGACAGGGCUCUUGCUGUCCUCAUGGCACUGUGGUCUAGUUACAAUGGUGGGAGGCGGUAGGAGCCACUCUUUGAGCCCCUGCCGCAGAAGGAAGGAGGUUAAUCGACUUGUGCAUAUAGUGGCCCAGAAAUCUCACUGUGGCAUGAAGCUUUGGGAAAUGAAUCCUUGCUCUGGGGUAUGCUGAGAGCAGAUGGUCUCACGAUGGUCUGUGCAUUCUCUAACUGUCACAGUUUGAUGUUUAAUUAUUCUUGAAGAAAAAAAAUCAAAGACCGUAAAAAGAUACUUGAUUUUUGCCCUUUUAGUAAAUUGUUAAUGCCUACUUGAUGCUCACAAAGAGGAAUCUAAUCAUGUUUUCAUGUAUAUUCCUAAACUUCGUUUUACCAGCAUAUUAUUUUCUAAAGAUUUUUUGCAUAUAAAUUUAAACCAAGAUUUACUGGUAGAAAGAAACCAAAACAUUAAAAACCAUUAAUAUUGUAAAUGCUACUGUAGUGAAAAUAUUUUUAUCAGUCAUGUUGCUACUCAGUAUGGUUAGUUUGCCUUAUGAAUGUUGACUCUAGUAGCCUGUUUUUCAAUAUCCUUUUUUUAAAACAAAACAGUCUUUUUUUGACACUAAGAUUGUUAAUUUUUAACACCAGUUGGUGGCACUAGAAACCUGAAAUUUUUCAAGGCUCUGAACAAGAGAAAAUAAUUGAAAAAGUAUCCAAACAUGAAGAAUUUUUAGGAGGAUAAAUGAAAAAUAUAAUUGUAUAUUAAAGAUGUAUUUUCUGGGAUGGAUUCCUUUUUUAAAAUGCAUAUGGCUGUCCAUUUUGACUACAAUGAUGAAACUUGUUUAUCUUCCAAAAGUUCAUAUAUAUACGUGUGCAUUGUACAGAUAAUCUUUAAUUUGAUUACACUGUUCAUUUUGUAAAUAUGUUUCUGUAUAAAAUGAAGCUUUUCAAGAGAAUUCUAUGUAUAUAUUGUACUUAUUAAAUAGGUAAUGCCUGUUUACUAAGUUGUAUUUUAGUAGCAUCUCUGAUUAUUUAUUUACAUACACGACUUGCUAGACAGACUGAUUCUCCAGACUGUUGGCAAGGCUGCUUCAGAUUGCUUGGAUUUUCUUUUUUAAAUCACACUAGGGAUUUUUGCUUUCCACAGUUAUCUUUAUUAUACCAAUUAUUAGAAGUCACUGAACAAUAGUAAACAGAUUAAAUUGAAUGCCAGGUUCUAUUUCAAAUUUGUGUUUUAAUUGGUAACAAAAUUUGACCUUUUACAAAAGGCAGAUUUUCACAUGCCUGUUUUCACAUGGACAUUUUCACAUGCCUGUGUGAAAAUUUCUCAUUGAACUUGAUAAGCCAGUAAUAUAUUCAUGUUUUCCACAAAUCCAUGUACUCACUUGCCCAAAUUACCUAGCCUUAAUAAUAAGGAUCUAAUAUGUUCAAUAAAAACCUAUCGAAAUGGCAUUAAUUUCA